AUGGCCGACUCCGAAUUGCCCCACCGUCCCAAGCCCGAGGAGACUCAGGAUGCCUCCGCGCCCGCCGCGGAAGGUGAGACCAAGAACGCUAGCAAGAACGCCGCAAAGAAGGCCGCCAAGGACAAGAUAAAGGCCGAGAAGGCUGCUGCGCGCGCCGCGCAAGAGAAGGCGCAAGCCGCCGCCCAGGAUGCCAACGAUACUGCUAAGGAUUUAUACGGCGCUCUCCCCGAGGCUGAGGGUCUCGUUACUGCCACCAAGUUCACCGAGCUCUCCGAGGAGCAAUACGAGAAGGAAAUCACCGUGGUUGCGCGCGUCGACAAUGCGCGUGUGCAGAGUGCUAAGCUUGCAUUCCUGAUGCUGCGCCAGCAAGGACAGAAGGUGCAGGCUGUGAUCGCGGCCGCCGAGCCCAUCUCCCGACAGAUGAUCAAGUACACUGGUGGAUUGAACGUCAACUCCAUCGUCCAGGUCACCGGUAUCGUGAAGAAGCCCGAGAUCCCCAUUUCCUCCGCCUCCAUCCAGAACCUCGAGAUCCACAUCCGCAAGGUCUACAUGAUCUCCGAGGCUGCUCAGAUGCUGCCCAUGCAGGUUGAUGCCGAUGGUGCUCCUAUCGUUACCCUCAAGACCCGUCUUGACAACCGAGUCCUCGAUCUGCAGACCGAGACCAGCCAGGCCAUCACCUGGAUCUCCAGCGGUGUCUCCCAGCUCUUCGCUGAGUACAUGAUUAAGAGCGGCUCCCGCUGGAUCUCUACUCCCAAGCUGGUCGGUGCCGCCACUGAAGGUGGUAGCGGUGUCUUCGAGGUCAAGUACUUCAAGCGCAACGCCUACCUGGCCCAGAGCCCUCAGCUCUACAAGCAGAUGUGUAUUGCUGGUGAUAUGGAGAAUGUCUUCGAGAUUGCCCCUGUGUUCCGUGCGGAGGACAGCAACACUCACCGUCACUUGACCGAGUUCUCCGGUCUCGAUUUCGAGAAGACCUUCCGUGGUCACUAUCACGAGGUUCUCGACUUCGCCGAGGACCUCCUCGUCUUCAUUCUCACCCAGCUCAAGGAGCGCUACGCCCCCCAGAUCGCCACCGUCCAAAAGUCCUACCCCAAGGCCGGUGACUUCAAGCUGCCCAAGGACGGCAAGGCCCUUCGUCUGAACUACAUGGACGGUGUCGCCCUGCUCAAGGAGGCUGGCGUCGAUGUUUCCGAGCUCGAGAGCUUCGAGAACGACUUCUCCACCGCCAUGGAGAAGCAGCUCGGCCAGAUCAUCCGCGAGAAGUACGACACUGACUUCUAUGUCCUCGACAAAUUCCCCAUGGCCGUGCGUCCCUUCUACACCAAGGCCGACCCCAACGACAAGCGCUUCUCCAACUCCUACGACUUCUUCAUGCGUGGUGAGGAGAUCAUGUCCGGUGCCCAGCGUAUCAACGAUAUCAAGGAGCUGGAAGAGUCUAUGCGCGCUAAGGGUCUCGAGCCUAACCAGGAGGGCUUCGAGGACUACCUCAACGCUUUCCGCCAGGGUUGCCCGCCUCACGCCGGUGGUGGUCUCGGUUUGAACCGUAUUGUCAUGUUUUUCCUUGGCUUGCCUAACGUUCGUCUGGCUUCGCUGUUCCCCCGUGACCCCCAGCGUCUGCGCCCUUGA